UCCAAAUUGACACCCGGGGCUCUGAGAAAUAUAGGCAGCAUCCCUUCCAGCUCAUGCAUUCAGUCCCACAGCUGCCCCACUAGACACCAAGCCGCAGCUGCGCUGAUCACUGAUCCAAGGUGAACCCUCACUCACACACACACACACACACACACACAUACACAGAGACACACACACACACACACACACACACACGUAUACGCACACACACUGCCGGAUCUUUGCUGGAAAUCGGAGCACACUACCGGGGACGCAAUGAUGGUCAAACUGGCCGUGGCGCUGCUGGUUUUGUCAGUGCUGGAGCAAGUGGCGGGAUCGGAUAAUAUCGAUAUCCAUGACAGCCUCCCGGAGAAGCCCGUGAUCCAAAAAGGACGCCUGUCCCUGCAGAAUACAGCUGAGAUCCAGCACUGCCUGGUGAGUGCAGGGGAUGUCGGCUGUGGUGUGUUUGAGUGCUUUGAGAAUAACUCCUGCGAGAUACGAGGGCUACAGGAAAUCUGCAUGACGUUCCUGCACAAUGCUGGCAAAUUUGACUCUCAGGGGAAGUCCUUCAUCAAGGAUGCUCUGAAAUGUAUGGCUCAUGGGCUACGGCACAAGUUCAGCUGUAUCAGCAGGAAGUGUGUGUCCAUUAAAGAGAUGGUGUUCCAGCUCCAGAGAGAGUGUUAUAUCAAACACAACCUGUGCUCUGCCGCUAAGGACAAUGUGGCCGUCAUGGUGGAGAUGAUCCAUUUCCAAGAUCUCUUCCCUAAAGGCCCAUAUGUGGAGCUGGUGAAUAUUCUCCUGAGCUGUGGCGAGGAGGUGAAGGAGGCACUGACACGGAGUGUCCGGCUACAGUGCGAGCAGAACUGGGGGGCUCUGUGCGACAGCCUGAGCCUCUGCUCCUCCCUCGCUCCGUCUCCCGCCGGCUCUGCCAUCGAACACCACCGCCGCCCCUUGCCCUCCCAUCCUGAGCCGGAGCACACUCGCCCCCCGCGGCAAGGUGACAAGGAAAAACCCGCUAAGGCCGGCUUCAACGCUCACCCACGCAAUCGCAGUCAGGGACCCCGCCGCCAGAGUCCAGAGGCCGGAGUUGUGACUGAGCAGGAAGACCCCAGGGCCACCGACAUCCGGAGGUGAAAGCGCAGGAGACGGUACCGACCUUUGACUCCCUACAACGUAUAAAAACCACACUUGCAGACUUAUGCACACUUUCACACAAAACCACAUGCAUACACACACACACACACACACACACACACACACACACACACACAACACAAUCCCAGACAGACUGAGCAAAAGGAAACAAGCCCCGCCCUUUCCUGUCCUUAUUCCGCCCUCUCCAGUCAUUCCAACAAUCCCACAUAGUAAACUUGCAGGGUAAUUGUGGUGUAGCGUGUACUGUCAUGCCAGACCGUAGGCCUCGAUUGUUAUUAUCAUAAUUAUUUCAACUGUUAGGAUUAUUUUUGGCUCUAAUAUAGCAUUUCUCAAAUCAUACUUACUGUAAGAUUUGAUUGUAUUUGUAUUAUUUAUUUUAUCCUGUAUGCAAUGUUGAAGUAUCAAAAUGUACAUAGAAAUAUACUUAUCUAUAUUUAUAUAAACAUGUAUAAAUAUAGUUACAAUAUGCAAUACUGAUAUACUAUAGAUGACAUAGUAGAUGGUGUGCGGUCUGUUGUUCUCCUCACAGUAUUGCACCCAUCACACAUCGGUCUGUAGAUAUGUAACAUACACCAUUUGUUGUUUCAAAGUGGGAAUGUGUAUUAUAAUUACAGAUACUUCAUGAUUAAAUACAUAUUGUACAGGUUUCAAGUCCAGUUCUGGCACAUAUGAAUUGUAGUGCAUGAUGGGCCACGAAGCCAACAAACUUGUGCAUUCUUAAAGUGAAAAUCCACUCUAAAGAGGAUGCAAAAGUAAUACUAUGAAUAUGGACGGUUAUUUCACACAUGUAUGUAUUGAUAAGUCUUUCACAAAGCUAGAAACAAGUGAGCCGGGGCUGAUCUCUGACGUCAACAAGCACUGCUGUCUGGGCAGAAAUGACUGGGAGACAAACACGCACUCUCUUGUUUCAUACGUAUUAGUGCAACUCUGACACGACGCAAAAAGUAUCACGUCGCUCUCAUUCAUUGUUAAUCGUACCUUAGAACGAUGUCUCGGUGACAAUCCAGAUUAACGUCACGUUUAUAGCUUCAGGAGACGUCAUUGUUCUUGUUCACGAAUGAUAAUUGAACUGUCCAAUGUUAUGCAUUAUCUCUCUUUGAAUUGGUUUUCCCGUCUUACUGUCAGCUAUCGGUGAACAACAGCAAAGAGAGGAUGUUCAAUCAAGUCACACACAUCAAGGUGCCUAAACUUGUUAUUGUCCACAGUGACCGCUUCUCUGUGAUUUUAAGUGAAUGGAUGAUACUGUGUCGUGGGGAGAUUUAAUGUUGAGCUAUUUUACGACGAUGUUGAGCCACAGAAGUCUUCGAUUUUGCACUUUGGAUGAUUGUCAGUUGUGUGUUGGGCUGCUGCAGGUUAGGAGAGAAGACCAAGUUACCAGAGCAGUCACCCUGUAAACCAGACCUUACUGUAUAGGAUGUUUCAUUUGAGCAACCCUGGUUUCCCUUAUCAAAAACGGCAGCAAGUUUUGUAUCCCCACGUGCUCCUUCGGACCAGAUUGAGCCCCUUCCUCAGAAGAUCAAUGUUGCCUUUUUGUGGUGUCCCAGUGGGCAGGACAGAGGCUUGACAGAAACCCUCCAGAUCUCUGGCCCCUCUAAAUUAGCCCUUAUUCCACUCUGGUCCUUUACCUAGGUCAGGAGAGACAUGAAGGCCUGUUAUUCUACUCGUUAGAGCCGCAGGCAACGCAGCGAGGAACCAGGAACUGGGUUAAGUCCACACACGGGGGCUCUGGUGCUGUUAUUCUAAAUGUUAUAUUUACUGAGGCCACCAGAGAAUUCCUCUGGGACACAGCCAAGAGCCAGCAACACAGAGGCAGAGGGGAGUGCAGCGAGAAGGAGAGAGACAAUUUUUUAAAAUGUGAUGAUUCACUCCAUCUUUUACUUCUCCUAGUACUCUUCUUCUCUCCCUCCUUUAGGUCACAGGCAGGCUUUCACCAUUUCAGGCCGGUCACGUGCUUUUAGCUGUGGAAGUGCAGUUUGUGAACACAUUACACCACAUGCUGGGGUGCGAUUGGUGCAAAAAAAAUAAAUAAAACCUGCUUAGAUUGUGUUGCUCAGUUAAGGGUUUCUUUCAUGUUUCUAUUUGAUGUACUUACAGUAAGGUAAUGCUUUUCCUCCCAAUCAUUUAGAGACUAUUAUAAGCACAGAGGCUUUGAAUCAUCUGUGAGGCUUUUCAGGCUUUUCUUUCGUUUUUUCUUUAUAUUCUGUUGUGGAAGUUGGGAUUCCUGUGACAUCCCAGCACAAGACAUAAGCUAAUCCUAUUGAGAAUGUACUGUAUGUGUGUGAAGUGACAAUCUGUUCAGCUCUCUGUCAUUAGGUUUGAUAUGGCCUUUUUUUGUAAUAAUGUAGUGGCUUGAAUGGCUUUUCUUUAUGUGUUCAGAGGAAAAUAAAACUAACCACGUUUCAGUUAUUGUUAGUGUUCCAUCACCAUGUUACGUCUUUUCCUCCGUUAAGCACAAGGACUCUGCUCUUACCUUUGAAAAUACAGGACAUGGUCUAGAAGUUUGUAACUCACCUGUAAGACAUUGGGCAUAUGAUCCUAUCAAUAUCUUUGGACUCAUGGAGUCAAAUGUAUCUUGUUACCAUUAAAAUAUU